AUGCAGCAACUUCCAGAGGAAAGGAGGAGUGAGGCAGCAGAGAGCCUGGUCCUGGAGGCGAGGUCGCGGGUUCGAGACCCGGUGUAUGGAAGUGUGGGUACAAUAACUCAAUUGAGGCAACAAAUAAUGGAAGCUGAAUAUGAGUUGGCCAAGACACAAGGUCUCAUAGCCUUGAGCUAUGCACAACAUUUGCAUGAACAACAACAAAUAUUUGAAGCAGAAAACAAACCCUUAAUUCAUCAAAAUCAAGAUACUUGGCAUUUUGAUCAUUCUCUAUUAUUAAAUGAUUUAAAUCAACAACAACAAAGUGAGGAUUACAUUACUUGGGGAUAA